UCUUCUGUCUCUCCAACUAUCUCUACACACUUUUGCUACUCUUGCAUUCCAUACACUUAUUCUAUCUACAUUUCACUCCAGGUGUUUUCCCAAGUCGGAGCUACCUACUUCGCCCAACGAUAUACUGAUCGUCUCUGUACAGUCAGAUACCAUUGAUACAGGAGAUGCUCGCUAAUACCGAAAGCGGACACCCGCCCUUUUGAAGCAUCAAGCAACCUGUCCGCCUCUCCCGAGAUAGACAUACCAGAUGUGCCUCUAGUCAGUCUCCAACUUGGCAAGCGAUAAGGGCAAUAGCCAGCGUCUCACCGAACAAAAGUAUUUGUCUGGUAUCCAGCUUGCCUUGUCACUACUUUGCAUGUCGUUCCUUACGUUCAUAACUUCCAUCGAUACGACAAUCGUUGGGACAGCAUACAUUCCGAUUGGAAGUCACUUUAACGGAGCCGACCGUGCCGAGUGGAUCAUUAAUAGCUACCUUAUUGCAGUGGCUGCGUUUCAGCCUAUCUAUGGCAAGGUCAGCGACAUCAUUGGCCGCGUCGAGGCUAUUACCAUAGCUAUUACCAUUUUCAUGCUUGGGUCGGUAAUCAGCGGUGUAUCCACCUCGCUCAAUAUGCUCAUCGCGGGUCGUGUGGUUCAAGGCAUAGGUGGGGCUGGAUUCAUGAAUAUGUCCCGAAUUGUCCUUGGUGAUAUUUCCAGUAAGCAGGAUCGUGGAAAGUACUUCAGCGCAAUAACAUGUGCUUACGGAGUUGGGAUAGCACUUGGGCCAGUCAUCGGCGGCCUUAUCGUUGAAUACUCCAAGUGGCAAGUUAUAUUCUGGAUCAACAUUCCCAUCUGUGUGGUUGUUGCCGCAGUUGUUAACAUCAUACUGAAGUUACCUCGCCCGGAUGGUACGUGGAAAGAAAAGGUCAAGGCGCAUCGACUUUGGGGGCUCGCUGUUGUCAAUCGUCCGGGAAUCGUGCUCGUUCUUUUGGCGCUGUCCGUGGGGAGGACGCGAGUACAAGUGGUCAUCAACUGCCGUCAUUUGCAGCUUUGUCUCUUGGGCUCGUGGUCAUCGUGGUGUUUAUCCUCUAUGAGUGGAAGGUUGCACCGCUACCUAUUGUGCCGAUACAUAUGUUCAGGGAUCUGGAACGUCUCCGUUUCCUCCAUCUCCCAGAUAUUCCAAGCUGCUGGGUUUUACGGUCCGGUCACCUUCAUUCCACAGUGGGCUCUACUAUCCAGACAUGCCUCCAGCAUAACGUCGGGUCUAUAUCUGCUUCCAUUUGCAAUAACGACGAUUUUUGCGACAGUGGGUAGUGGGGUUCUAAACUCCCGAACAGGGACGCUGUCGUGAGUUUAUCUGGGCAGGCACUGCGCUCCUUACUCUUGGCAACGGACUUCUUAUUUUACUCACACCUGAUUCAAAUGUUGGACAAAAUCAU